GGUAGUAGUGAAGGAAGAGGUGGCGCUCCCACUUCCAAGCUCCGGCCGACCAAACCAAGAGAAAGAUAAAAAAAGAUAAGGCGCACUACCGACGACUCCGCAAGCAACCACGCCACCCACGCCUCCUCUUCCUCCUCCUCCCAACGCUCCAUCUUUUCCAUUCCCCCUCUCAAGUCUCAACUCAAACCUUUUAUUAAUUAAUUAACUACUAUAAUAAUAUGUACAAUCAAUAAAUGGACACGCGUUGUAUGUGGCGUGGAGGAUAACAAUAAUAAUAACAACAAUAAUAACAAUGUUGUGAUUCUUUCUUUCAUGCUCCCUCCCUUCCUUUGCUCCUUCCUUUGCUCCUCCUGUUUCCGUUAACAAACCCACACUAGUGCCGCGACAAAGAGCAAACCAUAGGCAUCUCCUCUCUCUCUGAUACUCCUCCCAAACCCUAAUUCCCACCGCUGCAAACACCAACACUACUUUAUAUUCUCGAGGGGAGCUAGGGUUUGGUUCCCUCCUCUCUCUCUCUCGCCCUCUCUUCCCUCCCAUGGCGAUCGCUUCGUGCUCCUCGGCCUUCGUUCCGGCCACGUCCAUGGUGCGGCGACCGAAGCCCCCGCGGUCGGUGGUGGCGGUUCGGUCGUCGCUGGAUAACAACGUCUCGGAUAUGAGUGUUAAUGCUCCGAAAGGGUUGUUUCCGCCGGAACCGGAGCACUACAGAGGGCCAAAGCUUAGAGUGGCAAUUAUCGGAUCCGGGCUCGCUGGGAUGUCGACUGCGGUGGAGCUUUUGGAUCAAGGACAUGAGGUUGACAUAUAUGAAUCCCGGCCAUUUAUUGGCGGCAAAGUUGGUUCGUUUGUGGAUAAGCGCGGAAACCAUAUUGAAAUGGGACUGCAUGUGUUUUUCGGAUGCUACAACAAUCUUUUCCGUCUCAUGAAAAAGGUAGGUGCUGAGAAAAAUUUACUGGUCAAGGAGCAUACUCACACUUUUGUAAAUAAAGGCGGUGAAAUUGGCGAACUUGAUUUUCGAUUUCCAUUGGGUGCGCCGAUACAUGGUAUACGUGCAUUUUUGUCAACUAAUCAACUCAAGCCUUAUGAUAAAGCAAGGAAUGCUGUGGCUCUUGCUCUAAGUCCAGUUGUUCGGGCUCUUGUUGACCCAGAUGGUGCAAUGCGCGAUAUACGGAACUUAGAUGACAUAAGUUUCUCUGACUGGUUCUUAUCCAAAGGUGGUACUCGCAAGAGCAUCCAGAGAAUGUGGGAUCCUGUUGCUUAUGCCCUUGGAUUUAUUGACUGUGACAAUAUUAGUGCCCGUUGUAUGCUUACCAUUUUUUCUCUCUUCGCCACGAAAACCGAGGCAUCUCUGUUGCGCAUGUUGAAGGGCUCUCCUGAUGUUUACUUAAGUGGCCCUAUAAGGAAGUACAUUACAGAUAAAGGUGGGAGAUUUCACCUGAGGUGGGGAUGUAGAGAAAUACUUUAUGAGAAGUCGGUCGAUGGAGAGACACAUGUUACAGGCAUUGCCAUUUCUAAGGCUACAAGCAAGAAAAUUAUCCAAGCUGAUGCAUAUGUUGCAGCAUGUGAUGUCCCUGGAAUAAAAAAGCUGAUUCCAUCACAGUGGAGGGAAUGGGAUAUGUUUGACAAGCUCUAUAACUUAGUUGGAGUUCCUGUUGUCACUGUUCAGCUACGGUACAAUGGAUGGGUUACCGAGCUAAAAGAUUUUGAGAAAUCAAGGCAGCUUAAACAAGCUGUAGGGUUGGAUAAUCUACUUUAUACUCCAGAUGCAGACUUCUCCUGUUUUGCUGACCUCGCACUUUCAUCACCAGAAGAUUAUUACAUUGAAGGACAAGGUUCCCUAAUCCAAGCUGUACUGACACCUGGAGAUCCUUACAUGCCAUUGCCUAAUGAAGAAAUUAUAGAGAGAGUUCAAAAGCAGGUCUUAGAUCUUUUCCCUUCAUCUCGAGGUUUGGAGCUUAUAUGGUCUUCAGUGGUCAAAAUUGGGCAAUCUCUUUAUCGAGAGGCUCCUGGAAUUGAUCCAUAUAGACCUGAUCAGAAGACGCCGGUUAAAAAUUUCUUCCUUGCUGGUUCUUACACGAAGCAGGACUACAUAGACAGCAUGGAAGGGGCGACUCUUUCCGGCCGACAAGCUGCCGCGUACAUUUGCAGCGCCGGUGAAGAAUUGGCCGCGCUCCGUAAGAAUCUGGCGCCUGUCAACAAAGUAGAGAGCACUCUAGACGAAUUGAGUCUUGUUUGAUAAAGUGGAAAGCUCCUUAUUACCUCCAUUGUUGUAUGUACUUCCCUUUUAGUUGUAUGCGGUAAUCAUAAAACUGAGUAAUGCAUGGCAUACGGGAUAAAUUCAGGCAAUCGGUAAUUGCUUUGGCGCGAAGCUACAAUUAAUGCGAAUCUCAGCUAGUACACUUUCAUGCAGAAUGUGUGCCCCUGUUCCUGUUGUCGCGUGUGCCUCUGCUUCAGUUAGAAGCGCUGCUGCAAUUUGCCAAAGACAACUUGGUAAAAUGUCGGUAUUCUUUGGCACACUAGGGAUUGAUUGAACAAAGCUGUCCAUAUGGGCUUGAUUUGGAUUUGGAUCUGGCUUUUUGCAGGGUUUGGUCUUGGGCCAUAAUAUCUAACAAAAUGACAAACUGAAACCUUUCUUAAGUGAUUUAGCGGUAACUAAAAAGGAUGACAAAUUAAGUUAAAAUUAAUAGGAA